UUUUAGCCGGGCGGGUAGUAGAGGAUCAGUGUGUGUUUAUUAAGGCGUGAGUGUGUAGCAGUGUGCAACUCAGUUGUGUGGGCCUGUGUGUCAAUGUGCGCCUCACAUGGAGAGUAAUUAAACUCAGCAAGACACUAAAGAAGAAGAGAGGGAGGAGAAAGAGUACGAGGAAAGGAAACAGUUUAAACUACUAAGAAGAAGAAGAAGAGGAGGAAGGCAGAGGAGUGAAAAGCUGAAGAACAAACAAAGAGGAGAGUGAACACUGACUGACAGUCACAGGAACACUGGACUUCUACUGCACUGAUACUACUGUUGCUGACAGCACUACUGCAGAGUGGGAGACAUGGAGAGGAAUGCUGGAAAGGAUUAUGUCUCCCUCAUUACUCAACUCUAAUCUCUCUCUCUCUCUACACACACACACACACACACACACACACACACACACACACACCUACCUUGUAUGUCUUGUAAAAGACCUUUGGCGUGUGGAUUAUUGACUUUGUAGCCUUUGCAGGGUAGCCAUGUUUGAAGUCCUAGAGCACUUAAGUGUAGUAAUAAUUCAUUGUCAUAAUAUUACUGAGCGUAAUAAGAUUUGGAGUCUGAGUGUACUUCAUAAUACUACUUUUUAAAACUUAAAAUUCUUCGGGUAUAGUAUUUUAUGGACUGUAACUUUUAGACUGUAAUUGCUUUACCCUUAUACUAAAGUGUGUAGUGCUCUAGCUGUAGCUGGCAAAGAAUACAUUUGAUUGAGCAGUUAAAUUAGAAUGCUCUGUGUAGUCCUUUGAGUAUAGUACAUAUAGUAGGUUGAGUCCAGUGUCUGAGAAAAGUAAUUGGAGUAUAGCUUUUGGAACAUAGUGCAGUCCUGUUAAUAUCACAGCUUCAGAGGAGUUUUUUUUUUUUUUAAUGUAGUGAUUUUAAUAUUGUACCCUGAGUUCUUUAAGCACAAUAUACACAGUCAGUCUUUGUCUCAUGGUUAUUGGUCAUAUUUUCUACUAUGAAGCACCUGGGGUCUGAGAGCCUUUUCCAGUAUCUAACCAGAGUAGGUGAGAGGAUGGGGACUUCAUCACAUUUUUAAGGAAAAUUGCAUUUGCAGCUUUGUGGUUUCGUGGAAAGCCUUAAGAACCUGCUAUCAGGAGGAUUUUGCUACUCUACAUGGAAUUCUUUUAAUAUCCAAGAAUUCAUUGGGGAAUAUGUGGGAUACUUAGAAAGGAACGUUUGGAGUUCUCCGUUGGGAUUGCUUGGACUACACAGGCAGUAUUCAGGAUUAAAGUGAUAUAAGGACUUUUCUUUCCAAAAAUACGGUACAUUUAGCAAGAACUACCAAUAAUUACAUGAGUUGUAGCUUAUGUCAUGGAUUCUGACCUGGGAGCAGACACUCAUCUGGGACAUGGGGUUGGACUUGAGGCCUGUGGAGGUGCUCCUGAACAAAAAAGGGAAGAGCCAGAAAGAGAAGAAGAGGACUCACUAAAUGUAAAAGGAGGUGAUGGAGAUUUCAGCUCUGCAUCCUCUUCCUCUAAUUCCUCUCUGCCCUCCUCCUCCUCCACCCUCCCUACAUGCUUCUCCUCAUCCCACCCAAUUGGCGUGGAAGAAGAGAAGGAGAUGCUGACUGGCUGCUCUAAGUCUUUCACUGGACUCAAGCUCUUCACCAGGAGGAAAGCAAUAGCUAAGUCCGGCCUGCACCAUCUUCCCUGUCAGCCCAGUACAUCAUCCCUGAACAGGACCGACCCAGAAGCAAAUAUCCGCAGUACUUUGGACUGGACUGAUUCAGCUCUGUAUGGAGAUCAUAUCUGGUUUGAGACAAAUGUGUCUGGAGACUACUGUUAUGUGGGAGAACAACACUGUAUUGCCAAAGCACUGCAAAAGUCUGUCAGUCGAAGGAAGUGUGCUGCCUGUAAGAUAGUCGCCCACACCAUCUGUAUAGAACAACUGGAGAAGUUUCCCAGCUCUAGAGCCAUUCUGUUGGAUACCACCCUGCCCCUCAAUGACCCCAACUUUAGAAUUAAUUUCAGGUGUAAACCGUCUUUCAGAGAAUCAAGCUCUAGGAACAUCCGAGAGCCCAUUGUGGUGCGUCAUCACUGGGUGCAUCGGAGACGGCAAGAAGGCAAAUGUAAACAAUGUGGGAAGGGUUUCCAGCAGAAGUUUGCUUUCCACAGUAAAGAGAUUGUAGCCAUCAGUUGCUCCUGGUGCAAACAGGCUUACCACAACAAGGUGUCCUGCUUCAUGCUCCAGCAAAUUGAGGAGGCUUGUCCAAUAGGAGCUCAUGCUGCCCUUAUUGUUCCACCUACAUGGAUCAUUCGAGUCCGACGCAAUCAGUCAUCUAUGAAGUCAAGUAAGAAGAAGAAGAGAGCAUCAUUCAAGAGGAAAAGCAGCAAGAAAGGACCAGAGGAAGGACGACAGUGGAAGCCGUUUUUAAUCAGACCCAUCCCUUCACCGCUGAUGAAACCGCUGCUGGUAUUUGUCAACCCCAAGAGUGGAGGAAACCAGGGCAAUAAGAUCCUGCAGUCCUUUAUGUGGUAUCUGAAUCCCAGACAGGUAUUUGACCUGAGCCAAGGUGGACCGCACGAGGGCCUGGAGCUGUAUCGUAAAGUCCAUAACCUGAGUAUCCUGGCCUGUGGAGGAGACGGCACCGUGGGCUGGAUCCUGUCUUGUCUUGAUGAACUGGCAUUAAAUCCUCAACCUCCUGUUGCCGUGUUACCACUAGGGACAGGAAAUGACCUCGCCAGGACCCUCAACUGGGGAGGGGGCUAUACAGAUGAACCUCUGUCUAAGAUCCUGUCCCAUGUUGAGGAUGGAACUGUUGUCCAGUUAGACAGAUGGAAUCUACGGGUUGAACCAAACCACAGCGCAGGGGCUGAACCGGACGAACAGCAAACUGAUAAGCUCCCUCUAGAUGUUUUCAACAAUUACUUCAGUCUUGGAUUUGAUGCCCAUGUGACUCUAGAGUUUCACGAGUCAAGAGAGGCCAACCCAGAGAAGUUUAAUAGUCGUUUUAGGAACAAGAUGUUCUAUGCUGGGACAGCAUUCUCAGAUUUCCUGAUGAGAAGCUCCAAAGACCUGUCUAAGCACAUCAAAGUGGUGUGUGAUGGGACAGAUUUAACAUCGAAGGUUCAGGACUUGAAGCUGCAGUGUCUGGUCUUCCUCAACAUCCCCAGAUACUGUGCAGGCACUACACCUUGGGGAAACCCCGGUGAACAUCACGACUUUGAACCUCAACGCCAUGAUGAUGGAUACAUCGAGGUCAUCGGAUUCACCAUGACUUCACUGGCUACUCUUCAGGUUGGAGGUCAUGGCGAGAGGUUGAACCAGUGCAGAGAAGUCACCCUCACCACUACAAAACCUCUCCCAGUACAGGUGGAUGGUGAACCGUGCAGACUCGCUCCCUCUGUCAUCCACAUCAGCCUCAGAAACCAGGCAAACAUGGUUCAGAAAACCAAACGACGGACCUCACUACCACACCUUAACGAUCAACAGCCAGUCCCAGAAAGGCUGAGGAUCAGAGUCAGCAGGAUCGGUAUGACUGACUAUGAGGCUCUGCACUAUGACAAAGACAAACUACGACAAGCAUCCAUUCCUCUGGGACUAAUCGUGGUUUCUGGUGACAGCGACUUAGAAACCUGCAGAGAACACAUCCAGCGUUUGCAGGAGGACUUCUGUUCUAGCCACCCCUCCCUCGGAUGCUUGGGACUGCAGGAGGAGGCAGCCAAGCCAAAAAGUCUUUCUUCACAAAGAUUAUCUCCAAAGUGGUGUUUUCUUGACUCUACAACAGCAGAUCGUUUCUACAGGAUUGACAGAGCACAGGAACAUCUUAACUACGUGUCAGAAAUCUCCCAAGAAGAGAUCUUUAUCCUGGAUCCAGAACUGGUUGUUAUGACGACUGUAGGCACCUCUCCCUCAGCCAUGCCUGACCUGGUGAACCCCGUCUCCAGCCUGGUAAACAGUAGUUCUUCCCAAAGGCAGAGAGUGAACAGUGACAGCUCUGCCACUGAAGCUUUAACACACAACACCACACCUGUGGCAAGCAAACUCAGCAGGGCAGGUUGCAUCCAUCGUUCCAACACCACUGCUGCUGAUUUUAAACCAAGACUGAGACAGGAAAAGUGCCAAAAGACAAGUGAAACGGAGAGGGAGCGAGAACAAGAAAUGCUGAUCGAGUGUGUGAAGAACAAGGACAGGAAGAAGCUGCAGGAGCUACACCUGAAGGGGGCAGACCUCACAGUGCUGGACUUAUCGGGCUGCAGUUUGCUGUACCAUGCUGUCGGUACAGGAAGCAAAGAGAUGGUCCGCUAUAUCCUUGACAAUGCUCCAAGUGACCUGCUUGAUGUCACAGAAAAACUACAUGGGGAGACAGUUCUUCAUCUAGCUGCAUCUCUAUGCCACAGGACUAUCUGUCAUUAUCUGGUAGAAGCAGGAGCCUCACUGAUGAAAACAGACCUACAGGGUGAGACUCCUAAGAACAGGGCUGAGAAGGCUAAGGACUCUGAACUGGCGGCCUAUCUGGAGAACAGACAGCACUACCAGAUGAUACAGAGAGAGGACCAGGAAACGGCUGUCUGAAACUGUCAAACUCUUUACGAGCAGGACGUGGAUGAAGACACUGCUGUCUUCUUCCUCCUUCUCAUGAGACUUACAGCAGCUCAGUGAGGCCUGUGUGACAGAAAGACUGGUACACACGUUCCAAUUUGUGCUUGCAAGGAAUGACUCAGAGUCAGCAGAUUGCAGACAGAGUGAAGCUGUGUCGAAUCUGAUCGCAACAUGCAUUUAGUAAUUAUUAUGGCAGUGACUAUAAUGAUGGAACAAUGAUGGUAAUGAUAGUUACACUGGGGCUUGAAGCUUAUGUUAACGAGGGUGAAGAAAAACAGUAAAAUUAUAAGAUGUACAGUACAAGAAGUCAUUCUUUUUGUAUUUUGAGUAGCUCAGUAAUAAAACGUGUUUGUGAAGUCAAGAAAAUAGAAACAGCGUUAAAAUGAUCAGAAUCUUGUUUCUGACUUUGAAUAAUAAUUUGGGGGAGUCAAUUUGGACAGACUUGUUCUUAAAACUCUUUUAUAUCAAACGAAUUCAAAGGACUCUAACCUAAAAUUGAUCAUUCAGGAGAAAUAUUAAUGAUAAUGCAAUGUCUUGCAGGACCAGAUUGUCUCUCUUGGUGUCAGGAAGUAAAUUGAGUCUGCAGAUUCUAAUGCUAAUAUCAUGGUUGAAAAACUCAGGAAAUGUAGUUUAUUUCAUACAACCAUGGAGUAACAAUCUAACAACACUUUAACUGCAAAGCCCAGUUAAAGUGGCUACCUUUAGAGGCUGCAAAGUGCAUUGCGCACCAACAUGUAAGAUGUUAAGAUUAUGAAAUAUCUUGUGUGCAGCGUUGACAUUUUAGCCUGAACAGUGUUCAUUGAACACCCAACAAGGAAAACCUCUGGGGAGAAAUUUUGGCUCAGCGGUGAAAGAAACAAAUAGAAAGGUCAGGCGGGUCAAACCCUUUGUGAGCCCUGAAUAUCCACAGCUAAAUUUCAUCAAAUUCAGACCAUUAGCUUUUAUGUGUUUACAUAUUUGGGGAUUGUGAAAUCAGAAGGAUUUAUGAAUAUCAAUAUCAGGAUUAAUGGCAAUCUACUGUAGUAGUUGUCAAGAGAUCUUGUUUGGACCAAAGUGCUAGACUGACCAACCGAGCUACUGAUCAUCCCUCAGCCCCGACUAAUGCCUAAAGCCUUGUUUAUUAAUUGGAAUGACGCUCUGUUAUUAUUUUACUGUGCAUACAUGCCAUCAUCCGUUACGUUGUGAACCUGCUUUGGUUGGUCUUACCUCACCCAUACAACUUUAUCAAUAUAUUGUACAUACUGUAUUUUGUUGACUUAUAUCAACAGAUUCUUGAGAUAAUUAUUUAUAUGUUGAAAAAUAAUCAAAAGUGACAUUUCUCUGGUGCCUGUGCUUAAGGAUUGGAUGUCUGAGGUAAAUUCAUGGGCUAAGAUGAUUUUACACCCCAUUCUAACUUCGCCAACUUGUUCUUUUCUUUUUGUGACUGAGGGUCACUACAGGGGGUUUCUAC